GGUUCCAUGAGCAAACAUUAUGCAGUGCUGAGCAAUUUUCUUAUUCCGAAUGAUGUCGGCGGACGAAAACAUUCCCACGGUCCUUCUUCCCAGAAGCAUCAAAAGGGCCCUUGGGCCGGAUGGACCUCCUCCCUACCGUCGUCCUCGUCGUCUCCAACACCAUGGGAUUUCUCACUUCCUUCCACUACUCAUCAAAGUCGCACGCCGUCGUCGUCGCCGAUGAACCAGAGUCGUCACAGCCGGGCCCCCAAGUCGAUUCACCGGCAGGACCUCUGUCCAUCAGUCCGAAUUCCGAAUACCAGUUGUGUAACCAGCAGUCCGUAUCGGCCCAUGUGAUGUCGAGCGAGGAGCUGACAGUUGAGAUAACGCCUUUCCCGAUGGAAGAGACGGCACCCCCUCGGACGAAGCAGCGUCACUUAUCAUUCCAUCCGUUUGCGCGACGCCGGCGUAAUCAUACCGACCACAAACGGUCGCUGUCGGCUGCGGAGGAACACGAGAAGAAGGUUAAUGCCUCGUCGGCGGCACUGUCUAAGCACUUCCUCUUGUCGUCCAAGGCGAGGUCAGACAAACGGGCCAAACAGUCGGCGGAGGUCGUACGCGCUCUCAUCGUCGGACAAGGUGGCAGAUCAGUCAAGAGCUCUCCAGCCAAGCCUCUAGUAAGUCAGGUCAAGUCUGAGCUUAUGAAGCCCAAGACUGCCAACAAGGUCAUCGCGCAUCUCCGUGACCUCUCAGUUGAGGACCUGGCAUCCCAGGUUUCGCCACCGCCGCGUCGGAAGAAGGGCCCUAUACGUGCUGUCUGCCUUGCCAACACUGAUGAGCAAGAACAUGAACUUCACUUUGCUCACAUCAAUUCCGACGCCGGGGUGUCAGAGGAACAGACGUUCGGCGAGUUCAGCGUAGCCGCGGCAUCAGCCGACAAGCUAUCUCAAAUGUUUGACGAAAUGCAUAUCGUCGAUCUCAUCCGGUCUCCCGACCUUGGGUUGGGUCAACCAGGUGAUGGGGAGGGUCUCUUGGCUGGAGCAGUUCCCACUGCUGAGACGGUUCUCAACGGUAUACAGCAGAUAACACCGCAGCUGAUGGCUCUAGGAUAUGCAACAGGCAAAGCAGUACUUCCUGAUCAUACAGGCGUGUAUCCUCCCACUGACAGGAUGUCUGUCUUGACUUACUGGUGGGGCCUUGAGGUCGCACUUCCACCUCCAACGUUGGCUUAUCUAGGCAACGUCCGCUCAAUAUCUAAUGCCAUUGUCAAUUUUAUGUCUGCUUUGGCGUUGGUCAACAACGGCGCGCGGGAGAUCCUGCCUUUUGUUCGAUACAUCUCUCAAUUCGUCGACUUUGAAUUCAACGCCAUCAAGGAACAGGAUAAAGGUCGCGGAGUUGUCUGCGCUGCAACUUGGAUCAUGCCUGCAGCCAUGGUGCCACGGUCGUGGGAUUUCAACCCGCCACCCGUAGGUCUAAUAUCCUCGGCAGAAACAUCAUCGCAGGAGGAUUCAGAAUCACAGGAGCAAGACGAGUCAGAUACAGGUCCCGUUACGCCGGUAUCUCCUAGCCCACCGAGCCAGGAACCUCCCGCAACGCCCGUUCCUCUGCCCAUUGUCACGCCCACAGCUGCUGAUACGCCCGAGAAGCCCAAGACGGCAGUAGCACAUCUGGUCCCGAAAGUCAUGGUCACCGCGUCAUCUCCUUCUCCUGAAUCCAUCGCUCCUCGUGCGUCCCCUGCUGCGCUGGUCACACCUAUGGUAUAAGAUGCAUUUGUGAAUGACUUUCAAUGACUUUCCUUCCAUCUCUCAUGACCUAUUAUGAGCAAUGAUCACGAUUUUAGUACGAUUAUGAAUGUCAGUGACAAUUUGAUACCACCGCAUAGCGUUUAUUCGCGUACAUACCUAGGUUUAUUGUUUCACGUCUUUAAGUAUGCAGGGGAUUCAAUUAUUCAUCACUUUAUAGUAGUAGCAUAAUUUUAUUAUCGAGAAUGGACUUGGCAUGACUUAUAUUUGCACGAGUUGAUGCUCCAAGAGCAGAGC